AUGUUUUCUCUCUCUCUCCUCCAGUUUCUCACUCUACUAUUCAUACUUCUGUACUUGUUUUCUUUGCUUCGGAUCCUGGUAGCGUCCGCCACCAGCAGCAGCAGCUCAAGUAACGGACAUAAGUCAUAUCCGUUGAUUGGCUCUCUUAUUUCUUUCCACCAGAACAGCCACCGCCUCAUCCACUGGUUCACCCACCUCCUUUCUGUCUCACCAUCGCAAACCAUCGUCUUGAAUCGACUUGGAUGGAAGAACAAGAUGAUCAUCACUGCCAACCCUGCUAACGUUGAGUACAUUCUCCGAAGUAACUUCGAAAACUACCCGAAAGGGAAGCCUUUCACCGACAUCCUCGGAGACUUUCUCGGAAUGGGAAUUUUCAACGUCGACGGCGAGCUAUGGAGCACCCAACGUAAGUUAGCUAGCCAUGAGUUCAGCACAAAAUCGUUGCGUGAGUUUAUGAUCAGUGUUCUUGAAGAAGAAAUAACCACAAGGCUUAUUCCAUUGCUGGAAAGCUCGAUUGAAAAUGGCGGCGUGUUGGACAUGCAAGACGUUCUCAAAAGGUUAGCUUUUGAUACCAUAUGUAAGAUCUCUCUUGGGUGGGACCCGUGCUGCUUGGAUUACACCCGCCCUGUUCCCGCGCUUGCCACGGCGUUUGAUGUGGCGGCGGGGGCAAGCGCAAUGCGUGGCACGGCGCCGGCGAACUGGGUGUGGAAGGCGAAGAGGCUGUUUAACUUCGGAAGUGAACGGAGGUUGAAAGAAGCUGUCGGAGUCGUACAUUCUUCAGUGACUGAGAUAAUCCGUGAGCGGCGAAAGCAGAUGGCCGGAAGUGAGAGCCGGAGAGAUUUGUUAUCCAGGUUUAUAUCCGCCGGUCACGGCGAUGAGCUCGUGAGGGACAUGGUGAUAAGCUUUAUGAUGGCUGGAAGAGACACUACAUCGUCGGCGAUGACAUGGCUCCUUUGGCUGCUGACAUGGCACCCCACCGUGAAGAAAAAUAUUCUUGACGAGGUUGCUACAAUAGUCAACGAUCACGACCAGUCAAAUAAGUCACAAUCAUUAAACUUUGAAGAUUUGAAGAAAAUGGAUUAUUUGAAGGCAUGUUUAUGUGAAUCAAUGAGGUUAUACCCGCCGGUGUUGUGGGACUCAAAGCACGCCGGAGAUGAUGACGUGUUACCGGACGGGACGCCGGUGCACAAGGGCAACAGAGUGAUGUAUUUCCCGUAUGGUAUGGGAAGAAUGAAAUCAUUAUGGGGAAAGGACUGUUUGGCGUUUAAACCGGACCGGUGGUUUACUGAACCGGGUGUGUUAAAAAUGGAGACCCCUUAUAAAUUUCCGGUUUUUCAAGGGGGACCAAGGGUGUGUCUUGGAAAAGAGAUGGCGUUUAUGCAGAUGAAAUAUGUAGUGGCUUCUGUUUUAAAACGGUUUGAACUAAUUCCGGUUUGUUUAGAGAAGCCGGUUUUGUUGCCAAUGUUGACGGCUCACAUGGAUGGCGGAUUUAAAGUUAGGGUUCACAGAAGGAGUGACUUUGACCCUUUGUGA